CGUAGCAGCAGAGCCAUGGCGAGAGUGAAAAAGCAUCACCGUUUUUAAACCCACAAAACUAAAACCCCAUCUCAAAGAACAAAACUUUUUCAAUCAUUAUCUAAAUCUUGAACUAUUUCAGCAUAAAUAUUUUGAAAAUAGUUAUAAAGUUAAGAUUUUUAAUCCAAAUUUUAUCUGGGGUUUAAGGAGUUUAUAUAAAGAUGGAAAAUAACAACAAUUUGGAGAAAACAUUGCAGGAAGGAAAGUUGUUUAGAUAUGUAAACAAUUUAAUUGUUGCUCAUCUUAGAGAUAAUAAUCUCACUCAGGCUGCAAGUGCAGUUGCAUCAGCUACAAUGACACCACUUAACAUCGAAGCUCCAAACAAGCUUCUUGAACUUGUUGCCAAGUUAAAACAGAGAAUGGCGGGUCUGAAAAGUAAACAGGGUCUUGCAGUUGAAAAAGAUGAACCAGGGAGAGGAGUGUCAUCUACAUUGUUUGGUCCAGGCACUACAUUACCAGCAACAUAUGGCUCAAUACCAGCUCCCCGUGCUGUUGCUGUGGAUUUUGGUGCUGUACAUGAUACAAAAGGUUCUUCAAAAAGUUUUCCAAAACACGAAACCCGGCAUGUUUCGGAACAUAAGAAUGUUGCAAGAUGUGCAAGAUUUAGUUCUGAUGGAAGGUUUCUUGCAUCAGGCAGUGCAGAUACCUCAAUUAAACUGUUUGAGGUAGUAAAACUUAAGCAGAUGAUGCUGCCAGAGGGAAGGGAUGGUCCUGUCAGACCCGUAGUGCGGACAUUUUACGACCAUCUGCAACCAGUAAACGAUGUGGAUUUUCAUCCUCAAAAUACAAUAUUGAUAUCCGGGGCCAAAGAUCACACAAUAAAGUUUUUUGACUUUUCUAAGACGACUGCAAAGAGAGCAUUCAGGGUUAUCCAGGAUACUCACAAUGUUCGGUCUGUAGCUUUUCAUCCAUCUGGGAAUUUUCUUCUGGCAGGGACAGAUCAUCAUGUUCCACAUUUGUAUGACAUUAAUACCUUCCAAUGUUACCUCUCAGCAAAUGUACAAGAAAUUGAUGUUAAUAGUGCAAUAAAUCAGGUGAGAUAUUCAUGUACUGGUGGCAUGUAUGUAACAGCCUCCAAAGAUGGUGCUAUUAGAAUAUGGGAUGGAGUCACUAGCAACGUUGUUCGCUCAAUACCUAGUGCACACGGAUCAGUCGAGGCAACUAGUGCAAAUUUUACAAAAGAUCAAAGAUACAUCCUCUCGUGUGGAAAGGAUUCUUCAGUGAAGCUGUGGGAAGUUGGAACAGGAAGAUUGGUCAAACAUUAUCUUGGAGCCACGCACACACAAAUGCGUUGUCAGGCUAUAUUCAAUCACGCAGAAGAAUUCGUAUUAUGCAUUGAUGAACCUAGCAACGAGAUAGUCAUUUGGGAUGCUCUUAGUGCAGAAAAAGUAGCAAGAUUGCCAUCUAAUCAUGUGGGUACACCCAGGUGGCUCGAGCACUCACCUACAGAGGCAGCAUUCGCCUCGUGUGGUGUCGAUCGGUCAAUAAGAUUUUGGAAGGAAACCCCUUAGUGCCGUAAAAUUUUAGGAUUCCUUGUCAUGUUGCAUUUUUGUUUUGUAACAUUAUGAUAGUGAUUUUUGUACCCUACUACAGUUCAAAUGGACCUUAGUUAGCAUAAGAGGUCAAAAGCUUUUAAUCUAAUACUACAUUGUUUUAAGUUUGAACCCAAUGGGAUGUUAUCGCUUGUAUGCAUAUCGUAAUAAAAAAAAUGGGAGUCAUUUUUAUGACCA